CAUGAUAGGUAAGCAUUAUUUUAUUGACAAAAAACAGAAAGGAGCAACCAUUCCAUACUCUCUGUUGCCUCAUUCAAGUAAAAAGAUCAUGGAUAGAGGAAAAGAAACUGAAGGAGAAAGAGAGAAAGGGGAAGAAUUCAACUUUGAGAUUUGAUGCCACCUCACGUGGCCAUUGAUUAUGAUAAGGAGCACUUUGGGCAUAACAAUUUUGUGUUGUUCGAUUCAAAAAAGAGAAGGCAUUCCGGUAAACAUCUCUAUUCUUUGACGAUAACUGGAGACGAGCUGGACGACAGUCUUUAUGAUAUAUGUCACUUAAGACACUUGAGGCUUCUCAGAGUACUGUACGACUCUUUGAUCAAGGUGAAUGAUUCUUUGCUGAGUGAAAUAUGCACAUUGGUCCAUUUGAGGUACUUAAACAUUUGGACAGAAGUUAAAUCUCUACCUUUGUCUUUUUCAAAUCUCUGGAAUCUAGAAACUCUGCGGGUGAUAAACGAUGAACCACCCUUAGUACUACUACCGACAAUUUGAAAUCUUGUAAAGUUGCGAGUGCUGGCUAUAGAUAAUUGUUCUUUCUUUGAUUUGGAUAAGAAUGAACCAAUACUGAUAGCAGAUGACUCAAAGUUAGAGAACCUUAGACUAAUACAGGGACUCAAACUUUCCUAUUCAAAAGACACACAGGAUAUUUUCAAAAGAUUUCCCAAUCUUCAAAAGCUUGCUUUUAAUCUCGAGAAUUUAUGGGAUUGUUCAACAGGGCAAUAUUGAUUCCCAAAAUUGGACUUCCUAAAUGAACUAGAAUUGCUCAAAGUAGCUGUUGAAAGUUCAAAUUCAAAUGAUAAUGCGCUCUCUGUAGCGACAAAUCGGCUGUGGGAUUUUCACUUUCCUUCGAGUGUGAAAAUAUUGGGUUUGUACGCAAUCAUCGAGGGAGAAGAAUGGAACAUGGGGGAGGAAGACACCUUCCAGAAACUCAAAUGUUUGACGUUGGAACGAGUGAGUCUUGCUAAGUGGGAGGUUAGAGAGGAAUCCUUUCCUGCGCUUGAAAAAUUACAACUUAGGGAAUGUCGUAAGCUUGAGGAGAUUCCUCUUUGUUCCGGGGAUAUUUGUUCAUUAAAAAUUAUCGAACUGUGGAGGAGCCCUCAACUUGAACCAUCUGCUCUGAAGAUUAAGCAAGAAGUUGAAGAAAUGAUGGGGGAUAUUCAGGUCCUUGUUUAUAACUGAUCAAGUCUUGAGCACUUUUACCCUGGGAAAAUAUAGAGCAUGUAAGGAAUACAUCCAGCUUUAGAGGCUAAAGAUGAAUCCUCAGACAUGUAUAUCAUUCUCCCUGCUAUUUCUUUUACUCUGCUGUGUGGUGAAUAUUGGAUUGAUAUCAAUUAUUACUAUAUGGCUUUUGUCUAAUUUCCCCACUUUUUCUUCAUUUUGUAUGCUUAAAACAGGUACUCUAGUUAUGUAUUUCAAGAUUUGUUCUUUCAAAUUGUUGUUUUUGUUACUCACUUUUAGUUUUUGGCAUGGCUUGAAUUGUUUGCAUUUCAUUCGUUACUUCUCAAGGCUUUUUCAAGUUUUUAUAUAUCUUUCAAGAAUCAGCCAUUGAGACAUUUGGAGUUGAGACAAUGAUCAUGACGUUCCAAUAGAUAUUAGGCAGACAAACACGAAAAAAUUAACUAAUGAGGUGAAUUUCGAGCUGUCACCAAAUGGUGGUUCCAUUUUUAAGGUGGCAAUUGCACAUACUACACGGACGGUGAUUUCAAGCUCAAGAAAGAAGAAGUCAAGGCACGCAGGAGAAAAUUCUUGGGAAUGUAGAUAACAAUAUGAUACAUCAUGGGGAACUAUCAGCUAGAGGAAUUGCACAAUAGGGAAGGUUCGGACGAGGAUGAAUAACCUAUUGCUCAGAAUUAACCUGUUGCUUCUGUACAACAGUUGACCUCAUGUGCAAUAAAUGAAUAUAUAUGACUAUCACCUACUUCUGUUGGUGAUGCUACCACUCAGUCACAGGCUCCCCAACUUACUUUGGCAUGACAUGAAAAGUAGCAAACUGCUUAUAAACUGCUCAGGAAUAUAUCUCCAAUGCAGUCUACUUAGGCAUUCAACUUGGAUCGAAGCCCCAUCCUGUAAUGACUACGUUUUCUUGUUGGACGUCACAUUAUGCACUCGUGCAAUUAAUACGGUUAUCUAUAGUCUUUUUAUGCAAUUGGAUUAUAUUAUUCAUUUUCCCUAUACCUUUCUUUUUCCUUUUCAAAGAUGAUUUUAAGUCGGCGAAUGUAAAUUACCACCACAAUAAUUUGUGCUAAUGAGUUCAAGUGAUUGUACAAAUAUUUACAAAAGAUUCACACAAAAUGCUUAUAAUAUAACUUCCAUUAUUUGUAACCAAUCGCGCAACAAAGGGUAACCAUUUCUUUGUUUUCCGAUUGCCUGGAAAACAAUAGAUCUUCAGCGUCUUUUGAUGGUGCUAUCUUCUAGUAUGUGUAAAGCCUUUUGUAGUAUCUAAGAAUUUCAUCUGUGAAUUUGCUGUUGAUAUGAGAACUUCCUCCCUCAAAGUUCCUUCUCCAGCAUUCUAUCAAAAUAUUACAACCGGUGCUAUUUCAUUCUCUAAUUUACCCUUUAGCAUCUUCAAAUUUCUUUUUCAAGCCUUUUAGAGAGAGUAAAUAUAUCAGCAGUGCUCCUUCUGACAAACUUAAAGAAACUAAGACUAUUUCCAACCAUAUUUUUGUCAUUUUGUCCCUAACAUUAAUGAUCUGGUGCCCUUGUCCCCUUCCCUCUUCUCCUCCACACGAAUUUUCAGCUUCUUAUCUCAAGCUGAUUGUUUUUUUAAAAAGGGGAGAAUUCAUACACAACCAUUCCAUACUUUCUGUUGCCUCAUUCUCAGGUCAUAUAUCUCAGAUUUUUCAGUCUUCAACAUCAAGUAAAAAGAUCUUGAGAACUUGAAAGGAAGGGAAGGAAACGUUACAAUAAUGGAAAGAGGAAAAGAAAUUGAAGGAGAAAGAGAGAAAGGAAAAGCAAUCAAAUUAUCGAAAAGAGAAACUCUCUUCAACUACUGUGGAGGAUUCCUUGAAGCGGCCUUCAACAAAAUACUGGAACUAUGUUCUACAACUCAGGGGUCGUUUUCUGUUCUUCGCAAGGAGAUAAAGAAUCUUGCUAAAUCAAGUGCCGCCAUGACGGAGGAGCAGUUGAACUUUCUCCUCAUGAAUCUCCAUCAUUUGUCCAAGUAUCGUGCUGAGCAGAUUUAUCCAUUAGUGACUGAAUAUGAGAUUCUUCAGAAUGUAUGUGGCAACAUAAGAGAUUUCCAUCAAUUGAAAGUGAAUGGCUGCGUUGAGCCUGAGAUUAUUGAAACUGUCUUACCUCAGUUUCAACUAAUUGCUGAGAGAGUAGGACACUUCCUUUUGGAUGAUGAAUUAAUUGAUAGAGACUAUAGACUCUCAAAGCUAGCACAUCUACUCUUGAAGAUUAUUCCAACUCAGUUGGAGGUUAUGCACAUGUGUCAUAAAAAUUUGAAAUCUUCAACAUCAGCAGAAGUUGGACGCUUCAUUGAGCAGCUCUCAGAAACCUCUCCGGAUAUUCUUCGAGAAUAUCUGAUUCAUCUACAAGAGCACAUGGUAAAUGUUGUUACCACUAGCACUUCAGGGGCUCGAAACAUUCAUGUCAUGAUAGAGUUCCUAUUAAUCGUUCUUACUAAUAUGCCCAAGGAGUUUAUUCAUCAUGACAAAUUGUUUGAUCUCUUGGCACAUGUUGGAGAACUUAUCAGGGAGGUAUCAACUCUUGUUCGCGACUUAGAAGUGAAUUCAAGAAAUGAAGAGAGUACCAAUGGAAAAAAUCAUGCAACUUUGGACUUGAUGGAAAAUAUUGAACUCAUGAAAGGAGAUCUCAAACAUGUUUACUUAAAAGCCCCAACCUUGUCUCAACUCUGCUUCCCUAUGAGUGAUGGAUCCCUCCUUAUGCAUCUUCUACUAAGACAUUUAAAUGAUUUGCUCAAUUCCAAUGCUUAUUCAGUUGCAUUGAUAAAGGAAGAAAUUAAGCUGGUGAAAGAAGAUCUAGAAUUCAUAAGAUCUUUUUUGAUAAAUGUUGAGCAAGAAUUGUAUAAAGAUCUCUGGGCACGUAUUCUAGAUUUGGCAUAUGAGGCAAAAGAUGUCAUUGAUUCAAUUAUUGUACGAGAUAAUGGUCUCUUACAUCUUAUUUUCUCACUUCCUUUUGUUGUAAAAAAAAUCAAGCUUACCAAAGAAGAGGUCCCUAAUUUACUUGAGAAGAUUACAAAGAACAAGGGCCUCAUUGUUGUGAAGUCUCCCACCAAGUAUGUUGAAAGGAAGUCUUUAACAACUGGUCAAACAAUCGUAGGUUUUAAAGAGGAGGCAGAUUUGAUUAUUAGUAAGCUCACCGGUGGACCUAAAAUGCUAGAUGUCGUUUCGAUCACUGGUACGCCAGGUUCGGGUAAAACUACUUUGGCGUACAAAGUGUAUAAUGAUAAGUCAGUUUCUAGUCAUUUCGACAUUCGUUCAUGGUGUACAGUUGAUCAAAAAUAUGACGAGAAGAAGUUGUUGGAUGACAUUUUUAAUCAAGUUAGUGGCUCAACUUCGAAAUACAGAGAUAAUAUUGAUGCUGCUAAUGAGCUACGGAAACAUCUGUUUGGAAAGAGGUUCCUUAUCGUCUUAGAUGACAUGUGGGAUACUGCAGCAUGGGAUGAGUUAACAAGACCUUUUCCCGAAGCUAAGAAAGGAAGUAGAAUUAUUUUGACAACUCGAGAUAAGAAAGUGGCUUUGCAUGCACAAUGCCACAGUGAUCCUCUUGACCUUCGAUUGCUAAGACCAGAAGAAAGUUGGGAGUUAAUAGAGAAAAAGGUCUUUGAAAAUGGAAGUUGCCCUGAUGAACUAGUGGAUGCUGGAAAAGAAAUAGUCCAAAAUUGUAAAGGGCUUCCUUUGGUCGUUAAUCUGAUCGCUGGAGUCAUUGCUGAGAAGGAAAAGAAAAAGACUGUUUGGCUUGAAGUUUUAAAUAAUUUGCAUUCCUUCAUUUUCCAGAAUGAAGUGGAUGUGAUGAAGGUUAUAGCAUUAAGUUAUGACCAUUUACCAGAUCACCUAAAGCCGUGCUUAAUUUACCUUGCAAGUUUUCCGAAGGACUAUGCAAUUCCAGUCGGAACUUUGAAAUUUCUUUGGUGUGGCGAAGGUCUUGUGCAACAGACAGAAAUGAAGAGUUUGGGAGAAGUGGUUGAGAUUUAUCUGGAUAUUUUAAUUUCGAGUAGCUUGGUUAUUUCUUUCAAUGAGAUAGGUAUACGGGCGACUUGCCAAAUUCAUGAUCUUGUGCAUGACUUUUGUUUGAUAAAAGCAAGAGAGGAAAAGUUGUUUGACAGGAUACGUUCAAGUGCUCCAUCAUCAUCUUCUUCUUCAGAUCUGAUGCCACGUCAAAUGGCCAUUGAAUAUGAUAAGGAGCACUUUGGGCAUAACAAUUUUGUGCUAUUUGAUUCAAAAAAGAAAAGGCAUUCUGGUAAACACCUCUAUUCUUUGGUGAUACGUGGACAGAAGCUGGACAAUAGUUUUUAUGAUAUAUGUCACCUAAGACACUUGAGGCUUCUUAGACUGUUGGAACUGAAUGACUCUUUUAUCAAGGUGAAUGAUUCUUUGCUCAAUGAAAUAUGCACAUUGGUCCAUUUGAGGAUCUUAAGCAUUAAUACAGGAGUUAAAUCUCUGCCUUCGUCUUUUUCAAACCUCUGGAAUCUAGAAACGCUGGUGGUGAAAAACGACAGACCAGCCUUGGUACUACUACCGACAAUUUGGAAUCUUGUAAAGUUGCGAAUGUUGAGCAUAAGUGAUUGUUCUUUCUUUGAUUUGGCUACAGAUGAACCAAUAUUGAUAGUAGAGGACUCAAAGUUAGAGAACCUGAGAGUAAUACAGGGACUCAAACUUUCCUAUUCGAAAGACACGGAGGAUAUUUUCAAAAGGUUUCCCAAUCUUCAAGAGCUUAGUUUUAAUCUCAAGGAAUCAUGGGAUUGUUCAACAGAGCGAUAUUGGUUCCCGAAAUUGGACUUCCUAAAUGAACUAGAAAAUCUCAGAGUAACUUUUAAAAGUUCAAAUACAUAUGAUAGUGCGCUCUCUGUAGCGACAAAUCGGCUGUGCGAUUUUCACUUUCCUUUGAGUUUGAAAAUAUUGAUGCUGCAUAAGUUUCCUCUGACAUCCGAUUCACUAUCAACAAUAGCAAGACUGCCCAAGCUUGAACAGUUGCACCUUGAAUACGCAAUCAUCGGGGGGGCAGAAUGGAACAUGGGGGAGGAAGACACCUUCCAGAAUCUCAAAUGUUUGACAUUGUGUGGAGUGACUCUUGCUAAGUGGGAGGUUAGAGAGGAAUCAUUUCCCGUGCUUGAGAAAUUACGACUGUGGGCGUGUCCUACGCUUGAAGAGAUUCCGCCUAGUUUCGGGGAUAUUUGUUCAUUAAAAAGUAUUGAACUGGGGUGGAGCCCUCAACUUGAAGUAUCUGCUCUGAAGAUUAAGCAAGAUGUUGAAGAUAUGAUGGGGGAUAUUCAGGUCCUUGUUUAUGUGAAAAUAUAGAGCAUGUAAGAUAUACAUCCAGCUUUUGAGGCUAAAGAUGAAUCCUCAGAGACCUAUUGCAUUUUCCCCUGCUAUUUCACUCCUUUCUUUUACUCUGCUGUGUGGUGAAUAAGUGAUGGAUUUGUAUUGAUAUCAAUUAUUAUUAUAUGACUUUUGUCUAAUUUCCCUACUUUUUCUUCAUUUUGUAUGCUUAAAACAGGUACUCUAGUUUAUGUAUUCCAAGCUUUGUUCUUUCA